UCCACCACAUGCGAAACCCACAGUUAGUUAAUAUUAGUUAACGUUAGAGACGUAAGUUACCGUUAGUAAGGGUUAGUUUAGGUUAGAGACAUUCACGUGUCCGUCGCUGAAGACUGCGUGUUAUUUGUGGAUAGUGACGUUAUCUGUACCUUCAACAGAGAUGUCGUGUUUUGGUGGUGAUCCCAACUUCUGCCCAGAAUGUGGGAAUGUUCUUCCUCUUCCAGGACUUCAGGACUCAGUCCGCUGCCCCCGCUGCUCCUUCUUCAUCCCUGUAGCAGAGUUCUCAGGCCAGAAGAUCUGCUCUACAGUCGUAUUCAACCCCGUGGAGCAGUCGUCAGUGGCUCUGGAGGACGAGGGGGACGAAGUGAAGGGAGCUGUGAUUGACAGACGCUGCUCUCGUUGCAAUAAAGAGGGGAUGAUUUACCAUACCAGGCAGAUGAGAUCUGCAGAUGAAGGACAGACUGUUUUCUUCACCUGUAUACACUGCAGGUAUCAAGAGAAGGAAGACUCAUGAGAAGUCCGGCCCACCUUCCCCGAGCCUCUCCAUGCUCUGCUCUCCUGUCUGCCAGCGUCACCUUGAGGUGCUUGGCUGCUUCCUCAACACAUGGAUUGUAAAUAUAACGCUGGAUCCUUCAAGUUUGGCUUAUUCAGUGAGGCUGUGCACUGCAGAGCAUCUCAAUACUGUUUUUGAAUAAUCAGCAUUCACAUUUUGAAUAAAGUUUGACAAAAGGAUCUUGACUCAGGGUCCGAUUGCUAUUUUUUUUGCCAGAACUCUCAGUUGCAUCUUGUGUUCUUUGUCAGUGGAGGAAGUUUACUUCAUCUUACUGGAAAUAUUUCAGCUCACUUGUCAUUGAUCAUCUUUUACUGAUAAAUGCUGUGAGAUACAAUGAAAACAGCAGAAAAAGCUGCUAAGAGGACCUCAUGUUACCAUUUUUCUUGUAUACUACAGUUUCCAAGGUCACAAAUGAUCUGAAGUUGAUGUGGCUGAACACAAAUUUCACACAUUUGAUAAGAUUCUCAGCCUGAAGGUACCCAAAUGCAAAUUUUGAACAGCACCCAUAUUGCCCCAUACUGGCAUUAGGAAUUACACGUUUUGUACUUUUGCAUACUCCUGUUAGCAGAAUAAACAGAUCUGCCUCAAAUGUAGCAAGAGCAAUCUUGCACACAAUGAAACUGUUGAUAUUGUUUUUUAUCCUCGUGAGUGUCAAGAGGGCUCUAGAGUGCCCCUACAACAUGUCAACCAAAUUUAAAUUCCCAUGCAAUUUAUGGUCUAAUUGUGCCGUUUCAUUUUUUUGUUGUCUUUUUUCAGUUUGAUACUACUUAUUUAUUUAUUGAUUCAUAACAUUUAUCACAAUGAGUUCUCAAACUCUCCCAUAAUAAAGUAUAUGUGGAAAUCGC